AUGGAAAAUAAAUAAAUUGCAUUGGUAGUGCUCCUAAUCUUAAUAGGCAUAUUUAUUGUAAUAUUGAGCUUGAAGUUAUACAGCUUUUUUAAAUUUAUAGAGAAUAAACAAAAUGAUGGGAUUUCUUAUAGGAAAUUCAGCUUAAAUUUAUACGAAUAAAUCAUUCCUUUAGAAAAAAGUUAAAGUUCUAAUUAUGGAUACAUGAAGUUGAUCAAGGAUAAUAUAUCAUAUUAAAAAGACGAAAGUGAGCAAUUAGUAUAUAAAUUUUAAAUUGAUAAAAAUAAUAAUUGGAAAUGUUGUAAAUAUCAUGAGAAGGAUAAUAGAAUUACUAUUUCCGAUAUAUAUUCUGAUGAGGAAUAUCGACCUUAAGGUCAAUCUAAAGAAUUAAUAUACUUUUCUAAUAUUUAGAUGGAUAAGAACUAAACAUAUUUUUAUAAUUAAAAAAUCACUUAAUAAGAAUUAAAAAAUGGGAGCAUAAGUGUUUUAAAUGCAUAUCUUAUGUAUUUAAAUCAUUAUAAUUGGGACAAAUUCUUAUAAAAAGAUUUUCAGAGAAUAAAUAUAUUAUUUUUACCUUCCUACAUUUUAGAUCAGAGUCAUAUGAAGAAUAGCUCAGUAGAAGAGAUUAAAAAAUAUGUAUAACAACAAUAUCAAUAAUUCUUAUUUUAAUUUUAACCCAUUAAUUUUAAAAUAGAAUUGUUAUAUGAAAGUGUCUAUUUCACAUACGAAAGCGACAAGAAUCUUUAAUUUAUUGAAGUUGAUUUUCAAUAAUCUAUUAUAAAUGUUCAUUGUAUAUGGUUUAGUGCUUAAAAAGAAGAAUAUUAUGAUAUAAGCAAUAUAUUGUCAUCUUUCCUUUUUUAAGGUAUCGAGAAAAUUCCUUCAAUUUGUAACUUUUGUAAGCCAAAUAAUGAUAAAGGAGUUCGUGACUAUUACAAAGGGUGCGAAAUAGCAUUCAAAUAUUCUCAAUUUAAUCAUCCAAUACAUCAUUAAAAUGCAGAAGGCAAUCCUCUAUAGAAUCUAAAAAGUCAUAUCCAAUAGCAUAUACUAAAGAUUUGA